AUGAGAAUCUCUCUUCUAGAUUUUGCUAAUUACCUACACCAAAAUUCUGCAUUCUUGCAUUCAUUUCAAAUUGCUCGAAGACGGCAAAGAGAUCCAUCUCCAGAUCAUCAGUCACAGAUGUACAUAUCAUGCGGCGAGAUUGAGUCUGCCCGUCUCGCGUUUGACGAGUUACUGCAACCAAGUGUCUUCCUGUGGAACGCCAUGAUCAGGGCUUAUGCUUGGAAUGGGCCCUUUGGUCAUGCCGUUGAGCUAUACCAGAGAAUGCUCGAUAUAGGAAUCGAGCCAAACAAGUUCACAUUUCCGUUUGUCUUGAAGGCUUGUUCAGCUCUGGAGGCGCUUGCGGAUGGAAUUCUGAUACACGAGCAUGCCAAGAAGGUAGGGCUGGAACUGGAUGUGUUUGUGUCUACUGCUUUGCUCGACAUGUAUUUGAAAUGUGGCUGCUUAGAGGAUGCACACGAGGUGUUAUGCAAAAUGCCCCAAAAAGAUGUUGCAUGGAACGCUUAG